AACUGUUCCCCUGCAGUCCCACUGUGAGGAAUGUUAUUGACAUGGUUUCGUGAACGGGUGGAUGUGUGCGACAUGCGAGUAGGUUUCGUCAAAUGAAACCAACGCGUUCAGUGCGUGCAGUGAAGCGGAGUUGCGAUAUCAUUUAGAAUAGUGCCAGCUCGUUGGAAUUCCCUAAAUAGCACAACCCACCGUCCCAUACCAGGCUGCAAUGCAGCAAAAGCAGAUAUUACAACAAAGUGAAGUGUUUGCUGGCAGCAGAAUAAUAUGGCGUUUCUUCCCUCGCAGCGGAAAGUGAUGUACGGGAGCUGCGUGAAUUGUUCCAAAUACUUUGAGCAAUUUUCACGUCGGAAAGCGGAGUAGAAAGUGAUAUUUCUUGUUUUGUUCGUUUGCCAUCGAAAACCGGAACAUUUGGUAGCCGUGUGGUGGGAUGGACCGUUCUUCCGUUUUGGCAAGUUUUCACCAAAAGCAGUAAAAACGAAAAAGGAGGUAUUUCGCUGAUGAGAGGGACGUUGCAUAUAGGAGCUUUGUGUGUUGCCAAAGAAGAAAGCACAACUGCAAAUAAUCGCCGAGAACGCCAUCUGCUGGUGUGCGUGUAGUGUCGAGUGUGCCCGUUUAGCACAGUAUUGGUGAGCGGACGACGUUGGACGUUGAAAGAAUUUUUAUUUACUAGCGUGUCGCGCGCGGAUUGUGACCGUGUGUCCGUGUAGCGCGGGAGCAAAUAUUGCAGAAUUAUUUCGCGUUUUCUUUUUCGCGAAAGUGAUUGCUCGGCGGGAGCAGGAAUUUUAAGCGAGCGAGUUAGAAAUUGCGUGUGCAGUGAAAAUCGUGAAAAGACAGCACAAAAUGAGUACACAGGAUGCUGGUUCUACGGGUGUCGGUGGUGGUACAGGAGCAGGCGGGGGAGAUAAGUCAGCAUCUUCCGGAACGGUGAAUGUUUCCACCGGAGCAAAAGCAGUAACAUCACUGUCUGUGGGCGGUAGUAGUGGUGGUACGGGAGCAGGAGGUCAGCUGAGUGCAACGGCUGUCGUUGGUGGUGGCGGAGCUACGGUGACCACCACCACCAUUCCGAUCGAUUUAGCUUCCGCAUCGAAGGUUUUAGUACGUCCCGAAAAGACAACGAUGCCCACAACGACGUACAGAUUCGGCUCUGCGCCCGGCAGCCAGAUGCGUGUCGUGAUACCGAGCAGUGCCGCGCAGCAAACAUUCUACCGGCAGCCGGCCAACAUUAAGCAAGUUUUCACCUCCUCCCACGUGCUUGCAGAUGCGACGACCAAUCGCACACAGAUCAGUACGCUGCCGGCCGCCCGUACCGUCACCCAGAACGCAUCGCUGACGGUGUCCCGUGCGCCGCAAACCACACCAACCACCGUAUCGUACCACGUGUCGAAUCGUGUUUCGGCCACCCCGGUUGUGCCGGCAAAUCUGCAGGCGACGACCCGUGCCACCAUCAAUGGGCCGAUACGCAUCUCCACCCCACCGAUACAGGUAGCGACGAACAAUAACACGACCACGUACGUCCAGCGCCAGCCGCCGACCGUUGUUCCUUCGCGCAGCGUUACUUCCGGCACGGCAACGGCUGCUACGAUCAUAUCGCAAAGCAGCACCGGUGCCACGACAACGCUCGUACCGAACUUCCAGAUGGCUGCACCGUUGUUCCGGGCAAGCAGCAUCGGUACGGGUGCGGGCCAAGUUGCGACCGGUGCACCGAGAGCGCGUGUUGUCACACAAACGACACUGUCCGCCAAUCACCAUCAGGUGACGGGCGUGGCCAAUAGUACCGGCGGCGCUGGUGGCGGUGGAUCGACGGUGGUUAAUAAUGUAGUAACACCGGUGGUAGGCGGUACCGGAGCAACGCCGCAAGCGGUAGCAAUUAGUUCCGCAUCCGGUGGGGCUGCAGUAGCAGCGAGUGGAACCGGCACGGGAAGUGGACAAUCGCAAGCACUGGUUGCGACACUCUCGGCCGUGUUGCAAGGACCACGGCAAGUAUCGACACUGCUGUACACGAACAAUAGCAACGCUCAACAGUACACGAUCGGACCGAACCAGCAACGGUUGGCACUGGCGACGACUCUUUCACCCCAGCGCCCACAGGCCACGGUAACGACAGGCAUUCGGCCCACGAUACAGCGCUUACCGACUGCCGGCAUACGUGUCAGUACGGGCAGCUUAAACUUCCGCUCGCCGGUGUUAGCAUCCACCACGGUGUUGACGACGAUCGCUUCCAACACGGGAACGGUCGGUACGGUAACUAACACCCAGCAGCAACAGCAGCAACAACAACAGGUACAACAACAAGCGCAACAGCAGCUACAGCAGCAACAACGUACCGUAACGGCAACCGGCGCCCCGACCGGUGCAACAGCCAUUUCGAACGCCAUCCCGGCACGAAUCAUACAGGUGCAGAAUCCACCCAGCGGUACAACCGGCACGGCACAGAUAGUGAACCGCUUACAGACGAACCUGGUCAACAUUCAGCCACUGAUCGUGAGCAACAGCCGAUUGCCACAAAGUGCGCUACAGCCCGGCAUAACAAUCGCCCAAGUAGGCAAACUGACUCAAGUCGCUACGGCGGGCGGUGUCGUUGGAGGUAAUGAUGGGAGUGCGGGUGGAAAUUCCGGUAACAGUGCCUUAACGACCACAACGCUGCAAACUGCAUCCGGGCAGCAAAUUGUCGUCACCUCGGGCGUAAUAGGUCCCGGUGGUGGUGGUGGCGGUGGUGGUGGCGGCGGCGGUGGUGGUGGUGGUGGUGGUACCGGUACCGGUGCCGGUGGUUCCCCAGCAACAACAGCCAUCAUUGCCGGUAAUCUAAUCGCGGCAAAUCAUCCCGCCUCGCAAGCAACGCACCAAGGACAGAUAACGCAAAUCGUUAACGUUAAUGCCGGUCAACCGACGGUUGUAUCGGCGGCUGUAAGUAGCGGUGGACAACAGCAGCAACCACAGAUCGUCACCGUCAGUCAAGCCGGUGGUGGAUCGGCACCAACCGGGACAGUUAUUCCUUUGCCGCUUGCGCUUACGAGUGCAAGAAAUGUUGGUGGCGCUGGUGCCGGUGCUCACAGCCCGCUCAGUAUCGUUGCGGGUGGAAUAAUGCGAACGGCGGCAGGUGCUACCGGUGCCACAGGAGGUGUGGCCACUUCGAUUGGGUCCGUGCUACCGAUUGCUAAAGUAACACCGCAGCAGCAACAAACAUUGGUGUCGAUGGAAUCCGUAACGGCGGCUAGUGGCGUAACGCAGCAUUAUUCCGUCGCGAGCACCGGUGGCGUAUCCGGCGGACCGUCGCUGUACAUACAAACCCGACCGGGCGGUGCUGGGCUGGCAGGUGCCGCCGGUAAACCGGGUGUACCGACCGGUGCAACACUAAGCGUUGUUUCGUCCGGACCGACCGGUGCCGGUGGUACCGGAGCGGGAACAGUUGGAUCGGCUACGUCCGCUACAACGUUCCUGCCUACGUCCACGUUUUACUACGAGCGUUUGACGUCCUCUCCGGCCACGAGCGUACCAUCGUCAACCGGUGGUGCGGUAACCAUCUCUUCCACCGGCAUUCCCGUCUCUUCGUCAACGUUCGUACAAGCCGUAGCUGCGUCAUCAUCGACGAUCACCACGGCGAGUGCGAUCAGUGGGCCCGUUUUCUCUAUACCGGCUUCUUCCAGCGUGAUCAACAGUAGCGGCAGUGGCAGUGGGGGUAAUACGACCGUGGUCACGGUAGCAGCUGCUGGAAAUCCGACCCUUGCACCUUACGGCAAUACCGGCUCGUUUGCAAUCGUACAAGCAUCACCGGCUGGAUCAACUGUUGGCGCACGUACGACGACACUUGCGACCGGUCCCGUGCACGGGAUUGUACCCGCAUCCGUACAAACGGCACCCGCCGGUGCUAACUCAUCCGUACCGGGAAGCAUUGUGUCCGUAUCGCAACCAGCAUCCAGCGGAGUGUCGGGUACAUCCUCAACGACGACCCAAAUCGUGCGGUUCCAUUCGCAGAUGCUUAUCGAUAGUAGCGGUCAAGCGCAACAAAUCAUUGUUUCGAGCGGUGGUGCCGGUGGUGCUAGCAGUGGUCCGACCAGUAUUGUCCCCAUUAUCCCAGUCGGUACGGGCGGUGGUACGGCAACGGUCGUUACAGCCACCAGCAAGCAACAAUCCGCCCAGCAAGAAUCACCCCAGUCAAGCAUUCUGCGCAAGCGAACGCUCGUCGAGACGACGGGAUCGGGCACUAUUAAAGCGACACCGGUUGGAAAAGAUCUAACGGCGGCACUGAUGGCGGUCGAACGGGAACGUUCCGUACGGGAACAGCAAGAAGUGCAAUUUAAGCUUCUCAAACAUCAGCAACAGCAACAGCACCAUCAUCUGGUGGCGGAACUACGAGAUUUAGCCAAUGCAUCACCGCUCCAUCUUUCGCGCCCACCUUCCACGGAUGGUUCGACGACGGUCAGUGCCACUUCGAGCCCCGGGUUAGACGAACAGGAAGAGGAAGAGUUGCGUGCGCAAGCGUACGCAAACCGAGCGAGUAAUGCAAUAUCGGGCGAUGGACAUUUUAAACCCGUCCAGGAUGAGCACCAUUUCAUGCAGCAACAGCAGCAACAGCAGCAGCAACAAUCAUCGCAACAAUCGCAUUCACAACAUCAGCGUGAAAUUCUUUCACUACACUGUACGGAAAGCUUCCCAACAAACCUUGGAACCAGCACAACACUUUCGGUUGUUCCGAUCGCGAAUCACACCUCGCUGGUUACGAUUGGAGGCACCGGAAGUAGUAAUGGUGGUGCUGGCAGCUACGAACAGUCACCGCGCAAAAAAGCCCGCAAACAGCUGCUGCUACCGAUGACGGACGGACAUCAUCAUCACUUACCGUCGCUGAAAUCGAACUCAUCCUCAUCGUCCUCAUCGUCCUCAUCAUCGGUGGUGACAAAUUCAUCCACCUCCUCGACGAAUACGACCAUUAGCCAGCAGCAUCCGUACCUCGGUUCUGUCGGUGGUCCCGACGAUGAGCGAAUGGAUACGACCGGAACCGGACUGGUGGUGCUUGGUAGUGCUUCGAGCGGUGCAACGUCGGCAGCCACGAGUGGAAGUAACAGUGGAGGAAAUAAUUCCUCCCUGACUGGGCAUCAUUCGCUUGUGAAUAAGCACAACAGCAGCAAUAGUAUUAACUCGUCGAUGAAUAGCAACAGCAACAACAUACGAAUGGAUCCACCGUCUGGUUCGGUUUCCGGAUCGCAAAUCGGUAGCAGUGUCAUCUCGGUGGUGGCUACAAGACAAAAUAUGACGCUACGUAAACCACACAACAUUAGCUUGCUGCAGUCCUACAAGCAAACUUGGAAAUCGGCCAACAAUCACUUCCAGCGGUAUACGGAUGUGAAACAGCGUGAAGAGCGGCGGCCUACGGUGAUGGACAUCGCCAAUCAGUCACACAUUCUGCAGAAGGUGAACGGCUGGAAGAUUUAUCAUCUCAGCGCACAAAUAGAGGAUCUGUGCGAUCUUGAAUCUCAAGCCUAUGGCAAAUUGGAAAAAAUGCUACGUUCAAUGGAAAGUAGCACCGGGAGUAAUGGCAGUGCGGUAAAACUUUCAACAGAUGUAGAGCGCAUCAAUGAGCUCUUGAAGGGCAAUAUGCAGCGAAGUAAAAUCAUCAUCGAUGGAAUUAAUGAUGCGCGCACGCAGAUAAUGAAAAUAUUCCAACACAAACCACACGUAUCGGAUAUAAUCCUCCGAUGUGCUUCAAAGCGUAACUUUAAAAAGCGAGAAAAAACCUAAAUUCACAGACACACACACAGAUCGGUAUUUAAUGGAUCAACUCUGAAAGCUUUGAAGGGUUCUACCAAACAAUGGAAGUAUUGUUUCAGUGGUUUGCAUUAAAUGCAAAGGCGCGCUGGAAAAGUGGAUGUAUGUUUUGUAACUUCGUGGCGCACCGCAGCAAUUUGUGUGACUGCAUCUAAUGCAAGUUACAAUCGUGUGAGCGCGUUUUUUGAAGAUUCUUGAAUAGCUGAGAAGCUGUCAGAAAAUCCUUCUGAACAAGUCUGUUUCUUUUGUGCUGGUGGAAUAAUUGUAAUUGAUUAUUUUAAUCGAAGCAAUAACCACCGCGCGAGAACCGGAUUAAGGUUAGUUUCGAUAGAAUGCACCGAAAAGUGAACAUUGGUGUCCAUGUUGUGUCAUAUAGCUUGUACAUUAGUUACUAUGUAUAGUACAUUUUAAUAACGAAACUUGAGAUUCUAUUUCGAGAUAGUUUCAUUGUACAUAAUUUUUGUGUGUGCUAAAGUGUUCUCGAUCGUUACGGGAAACACAGCUGUUGUAAAAAUAGUGUAGCGUUUUUCCACGGACCAGCCAAUGUGUGUCCAUUGGCGGUAAAUUCGUGAUUGUGUGCAGCUUGCUUUCAGAUACUUGCGCUCCUGUACAGGAUGAAAUGUGCGGUGUAAAAUAGAACAGUUACAAAACCAGUAAGGGAUGUUAGUUAAGUUGUUUAAGUUGUAAGCAAAACUAUCGCCUGGUUGGGGCAUAGCGCAAUGUUUGAAAAUAAAUUAUGUAGAUACUUAA